AUGUUUAGACGGUUGGCAACUAAUACUUUCAAAAGAUGCUAUACAUAUUCUAAGGGCCCUGCUAGUUUUACAGUAAGACCAAAACCCAAACAAAGAAAAUGGGUACCGUGGACCAUCUUUGGGACAAGUUUUAUUACUGGGUUAUUGAUCACACAACAUAUGACAUUGACUGAUUUCCUAGCGUUCUGGAAAUAUGACAAGUUGCCACAGGGAUCUCCAGAAGUUGAUAACUACAAAUUGGAAUUGACCCAGAGGUGUGAGAAUUUAUCAGUUGUUAAACAGUUAAAGCAAACUGGUUUUACAGAAGUUUUCCCCAAUAGACGUGAAGAGGAUUUAUUAGUGGCUCAUACGUUGGAUACGCCUGGUGGAAUAGCUAUAUCGCCUAGAUUUUAUUACAAUCCAUUAACCAAGGAAACAGUGGGUAUCUACCAUUUGGGAAUGAAAUUAACUGGGUACCCCUUUAUUGUUCAUGGUGGUAUUCUUGCCACUGUCUUGGAAGAUCUGAUGCGAGAGGCAGUCAAGAUUAUAAGGGCCAAGCCUGGUGAAAAGACCAAAGAACUUGCUUUAUCAUACAAAAUGCCCACAUUUGCCAAUCAAUUCGUCAUUGUGAGAACGACGAAAGUGGAAGAAUUCGGCAAGAAUACUAAACUACAUGCUCAAAUAAUGGAUCAAACUGGCAAUACAACUCUCAUCAGUGGUAAGGGUACAUUUUCUACGUAG